UCAAGUGCGCUAACUGUCGUGAAAGCACAUCGACGGAGAAAGAAGGGAACAGAACGCUAAUAAGUCAGUCUUAUUAUAUGUUCUCCAGUUUUUAAAUAUUUAUGUCUUAUAAAAUGCAUCUUUGAUUCUUUAUUUAGGGAUAAGAUUGUCUCGGUGCGCGAGAAGCAUUUUGCCGCGUUUCGUGCUGACUGAGCUUGUCAGUUAGCUUAGCUCGCUAGUUAGCUUAGCUUGUUAGCUGCUAACAGAAGGCACAGAAGUUAUCAACACAUCGCUAAGUAGAGAUCAAGUGUGAGAGUAAAGUGAAAUGUCUACAUUACAAAUGUUGAGAGCGUUGGUGGAUCAGCGACUAACUGCUGCCGUUGGAGAAAUAUUUGUAGUGUUGGAAAGAACGAUAGCAGAAUACGAGGCGGAACUUUAUAGAAUAAAAGAGGAGAACUAUCAACUACUGGACGCUGUUUUCAAGAAACAUCGAGUUGUGUUACACAGAACAGACGUCGAUGAUGAGCAGGAGGAAGAACCACCACUCUUUUGCAUAAACAAGGAAGAAGAGGUGCCCCAGCCUCCAAACAUUAACAAUGAAGAGGAGGUACCACAGCCCCAAUACAUUAAAGAGGAAGAGGAGGAACACAGCAUCAGUCAGGAGGGAGAUCAUAUUGAAGGACUGGUGGAGUUCCCAGUGACUGGUGUCCCUGUGAAGAGUGAAGAUGAUGAAGUCAAAGGUGAAAGUGAGGAGAAGAGAGAGGCGGAGCCUCCAAGCAGCAGCUCAACACAACACAUGACAACAGAAGCUGAUGGAGACCACUGUGGAGGAUCACAAGCAGACAAGCUCUUAGCUCCACUAUCAGAUAGUGAGGACACAACGUCACACUCUCCUGACACUAAAGAUGAAAGGACAUGGGACCCUGACAACUUUUACUGGAAAUGUUCUCACUGUGACAAAAGUUUUGGCCUCAAAAAGUCUCUAAAUAGACACAUGAAAAAUCACACUGGAGAGAAACCAUUUCCGUGCUCGGCGUGUAAUCAAGUAUUCAGCAUAAAAGCAGACCUGAUAAAACACGCAAGAAUACACACUCAAGAGAAACCUUUUCCUUCUUCAGUGUGUGACGAACCUUUCACAUGGAGUGAAAGUUUGAAAAGACACAUAAGAAGACACCCUGGAGUGAAACUAUUUUUCUGUUCGGUGUGUGGGGCAGGUUUUGCUAAAAAGGACAGUUUGAAUAAACAUAUGACAACACACACGGGAGAAAAACCUUUUUCCUGCGCAACCUGUGGCAUGUGUUUUUCAAGGAAGGACAGUUUGAGAGAGCACACAAGAAGACACACCGGAGAAAAACCUUUUCCCUGCUCAACCUGUGGUUUAUGUUUUUCCAGGAGGGACCGAUUGAAAGAGCACACAAGAACGCACACUGGAGAAAAACCUUUUUCCUGCUCCGUGUGUGAUUCAAAUUUUGGCCGAGGUGAUUAUUUGAAAAUCCACAUGAGAAUGCACACUGGAGAAAAACCUUUCUCCUGUACAACCUGUGGUUUAUGUUUUACAAGGAAGAGCAGUUUGAAUUAUCACACGAGAAUACACACUGGGGGGAAAGUGCUGAGUUGCAGUGUGUGUGAGGAAAAAUUCUCUCAUGAGUACCAACUCAGCAAACACAAGUGUGCUGGUGAGAACAGCGGCAGUAAAAUAGAAAAGCGCUCCGCAGACCUCCACCAGGAUCCGGAUGUUGAUCAGGAUCAACACCGAAAUAGCGCACCUUCGCGUGUCAGUCCUGCUGCAGCCGGCAGCUUCAGUCAAUCUUCGGCAAUCGGCACACCUGAAGUUGAUCAGAGGUCCUGCCUUCAAAAGCCUGCACAACCUGCUACUCCGGGCCGGAACGUAGUCUUCGGUUCGAGUACACUACCCCUUCGUUCCCGAGUUUCGAGCUGUGCGCCUCGUCUCACCCCGCGUUUCCUCUGCUUCCAUGACUGCCUCUUGGAUCUCGACAUCCCGCUUGGACACGGACCUUCUUCGCCCCGCUAUAGCGCCCCGACUUCCUGCCUGCUCACGGACGUCCGAGCUCUGCUGUGUCCCUCCUGAUCUUCCGCCUCUCGCUCAACACUACCGGUAACACUCAACAGCUAAUCUCCACACAAAGUCACACACCAUACACACUUUGGAUCUAGUCACACUCUAUUCACUCGUUUAUUUAGAUUAUUGCUUGUUAUUAUAUAUGUACAGUAUAUAUUGUGUAUAUAUAUAUAUAAAACAUCAUAGAGUUAAAUACUACGCCCCUUUGUGGUCUGUGCCGUCUACUCCCCCCGUACAUGUGACCUUGUAGAAUAAGAUAUCUGUUUUUCUUGAAUAAUGCUCUGAAUCUUUGAGACGGCACACCUGUUCCAAGUUGCCAGUCAGGCCCUUUUGUCAGUGCUGGAUCAUUGCUUGCCCUUGCUUAGUGAUCGUUGUUUCGCUUGUGCUUGUAAUGGCAAGUUUCCUGUACACUUCCCAGCUGCACUAUUUCUACCUUGUUAUUGAGUAUUGACUUUAUUGACGUAAAGUAAAGUGAACCACCGAACGUAACAAUAACAAUGUACAGUAUUAACCUUGGAGACUGAACUUCUACGGUAUCUCCCUCCAGCUGCUUCUUUGUCAUACACACCAUCAGCAGCUUGUACAUACUUUCAUGGAUACGCGUUUGCCUUUUAGACGUUGUUUUAACAUUAUCUGCUGUAUCAGGACAAGAAAACUUGUAAUGUUGUGUUCGUAAGUCUUGAGUAAGAUGAUAAAAGUGAUAUUAGACAAUCAGACUGUUUUUAUGCUAAUAGGCCAUGUUAUUCUUAAAUGAUCUAUUAAAUUUAUUUCAUGGUAAGCAUAUAUAUAUACUUAUGUAUACAUCUAUACAUACAUAUGUAUACAUAUAUGUAUAUUUAUUUAUAAACAAUAAGUAUCACUGUUGGCGUUAAUGCAUUUUUUAAUGUAUUUUUACGAAUUGAAAUAAAAAAGGAUUCGCAUUUCUGGAUUAUUUUUUUUUUACUGACCCUGCCUUCUCCGUGUCAAAACAUUUUUUUUAAUCCAUAAUCGCAUUGUGCCUGUGUUUUAUAUUAUUUAUAUUUGCCGGUGUCGUGCGAAAUUCUGUAUCCCUGAAAUAUUCUGUAUCCCCUGCCGCGGGAAAGAGCAUUUGGGCGGAGCUCUGUUCGGGGCGGUAUGGCUCGGUCGGUAGAGUGGCCGUGCCAGCAACUUGAAGGGUUCCAGGUUUGAUUCCCGCUUCUGCCAACCUAGUCAACUUCCGUUGUGUCCUUGGGCAAGACACUUUACCCACCUGCUCCCAGUGCCACACACACUGGUUUAAAAAUGUAACUUAGAUAUUGGGUUUCACUAUGGAAAGCGCUUUGAGUCACUAGAGAAAAGCGCUAUAUAAAUAUAAUUCACUUCACUUGACUUCCUUGUUCAGACAGUGGCAGCAUUUCCAUGUUAUUAGCGAUGUCAAUGAUACAAAAUGUGGAU